CCGGCGGAUCUCGGUGGCGCUCGUCGCGGCGGUGCGCUUCGCUCUGCACGCCGGCUCCGCGCCCGAGGAGCUGCUGAGCUCCCCGCGGACUCAGGCAGCGGCCGGUCGACGCGGACCUGAGUCCCUCCAGUUGCUUCCACUUGCUGAUUUCUGAGGCAAACAAGCAGAAGGAUGAGUGAGCUGGAGCAGUUGAGGCAGGAAGCCGAACAGCUACGGAAUCAGAUCCAGGAUGCUAGGAAAGCAUGUAAUGAUGCAACGCUUAUUCAGAUCACAUCAAAUAUGGAUUCUGUGGGCCGAAUACAAAUGCGAACGAGACGUACGUUGAGGGGUCAUCUAGCUAAGAUCUAUGCUAUGCACUGGGGAUAUGAUUCAAGGCUACUAGUCAGUGCUUCCCAAGAUGGAAAAUUAAUUAUUUGGGAUAGCUAUACAACAAAUAAGAUGCAUGCUAUUCCUUUGAGAUCUUCCUGGGUGAUGACCUGUGCCUAUGCUCCGUCCGGUAAUUACGUCGCAUGUGGAGGGCUGGACAACAUCUGCUCUAUAUAUAACUUAAAAACCAGAGAGGGAAACGUGAGAGUGAGCCGGGAGUUACCGGGUCACACAGGCUACUUGUCCUGCUGCCGAUUUUUAGACGACAGCCAGAUCGUUACAAGUUCAGGAGACACAACUUGUGCUUUAUGGGACAUCGAAACUGCCCAGCAGACCACCACUUUCACUGGGCAUUCUGGAGAUGUGAUGAGUCUUUCCCUGAGUCCUGACAUGAGGACUUUUGUUUCUGGUGCUUGUGAUGCUUCUUCCAAAUUGUGGGAUAUUCGAGAUGGAAUGUGCAGACAGUCUUUUACUGGACAUGUGUCAGAUAUCAAUGCUGUCAGUUUUUUCCCAAAUGGAUAUGCCUUUGCCACUGGCUCUGAUGAUGCCACGUGCCGGCUCUUUGACCUCCGUGCAGACCAGGAGCUACUGCUGUAUUCUCACGACAAUAUCAUCUGUGGGAUCACUUCCGUAGCCUUCUCAAAAAGCGGGCGCCUCCUGUUAGCUGGUUACGAUGACUUCAACUGUAACGUGUGGGACACGCUAAAAGGAGAUCGUGCAGGUGUUCUUGCUGGUCAUGAUAACCGUGUCAGCUGUUUAGGUGUAACAGAUGAUGGCAUGGCUGUGGCAACAGGCUCUUGGGACAGUUUUCUUAGAAUCUGGAAUUAAUAGUGCAUACAUGUUUGCUGUUCUCCGUUGCUAUCUGGAGAAAUCAGUGCUACAGCCUAUCGCUGUGAGAAGAAAAUUCUACCUUAUAUUUGCAGGUGAAGAUUUUUCUAUUGAGAUUGUUAUAUACAAAAAGAUUUCAGUAAACUAUAAAACAAAAGGGGGAGGCAAGGGUGCUUGCUGAGAUUGAAAGGACCAGUGCAUUAAUUUGAGGAAUUAAGCUAAUCUUGAUGAAUUUUUGCUUGUACUCGAAAUUCUUUAUUUUGUGUAGGACAGAAUGUUCACAUUAGAGCAGUUUAUUAUGUUUGAUUGUGUUUUUUAAGACUUAAAUUUUUAACUUUCUAUACAUAAGAAACAUCACAUUUUUGAGUUUUGUAAUGAAGUAGGCAUUGUAAGAGAUGGAAGUGAUCCCAUAUGUAUGUGUACUUACGUUUGAAGAAAGUCUCCUUGAUUUCUGACCUUUUAGCUCCUUGUUGCUUAAUGUUUAAGAAUGCUAGCAGGCCUAGAUAUCUGAGGGCAGUCCCUGUUGAAUAUCGUUAGUUUCUGGUGUAUCCUUCUGCCAUCCUGUGAAUUUAAGUAAGUGCUCACUUUCAGUCCCUGGCCUUCCCUGAAGGCCAGGGAAUCAAGGUAUCAUUCUGAAAUUUUAGACAUACAUAAGAAAUUCUUACAUAGCAGUGAUUGCAUAAAAAACAAAUUUUAAACGUUUAAAAAAUCUGGUUAUGAUCUAAUGACACUUUGAGUAGCUCUCUAAAGAGCAGGGCUUUCCUAGUGAUUUUAUAUUCUGAAACAGAGUUUGUAGGUUACCCUCAUUAUUUCAGAUUAACAUUUGGGUUGUCCUUGCAUCUGAAGAAUUUUGUCCAGUAUUCUCCAUUGAUAGACCUGUAGAUGGGAAAUACAAUGUGAUGGCAUUACGUUGUUGAAAGAAGUGUUAAAAUCUAACCAUCACUAGACUUGAUUAGUUACAGUUGUGUAGCAAGGUGGCUUUAUGAGUUUGUGUUCAGUUUAUAUCAAUUCAGAUUUCAUAUUAUCGUGACUUAAAUUUGAAAAAGGAAACAUUCAGACUUUUCGCUCUUCUGUGAUUUUUCUUUUGGCACAAAAAAAUGGUUUCUAAGUGAUUUUGCCAAAAGGAAUACUUAGAUCCAUGUGACUCCACUUUAAAGCCAAAAGAAAAAUUCCAGGAGUCCUUAAAGGAGUCAGAGGAACAUUGCUUAGUAUUUUCCUAAGCAAUUCCUACUUGUCAAUGAUAUAAUGUGUCUAUUACUAGAAUGCUCCCCUGAAUUUAAACAAAGAUACUUUCCCCCUAUAACUAAAGCUAAACCAUUGAUAAUACAAGAUUAUUAGUCUUGAUUGAUGAAGUCAUGGAUUAUUCUUAAUACAGAAGUGCAUUACUUUUGUAAUUUACUAAACCAUGUCUGUUUCAACUUAGGUUUCAACUUUUGAUCACACGUAACCCUAAUCUAAAUGCUCCCCAAAUUUUACUUGUGAAUUUUCAUUUUUAUAUUGUGAAUAUGCUAGUAAGUGCAUCAACUAUAAUGAAGUCUGUUAUCAGUUUUAAGAUCAGCUGAUGAUGGUAAAAAGAAAAUGGAUAAAGAAAGAGUAAGAUAUAGGACCAAAAAAAGACUAUUUUAGAUGGCAGGCAUGAAUGUAUAUUUAUAAACACGUAAGAUUUCUAUGAACUUUUUUUGCAAUUAAUGUUUGUGGACUGUCAUUUCAUAAAGAAUAGCUCUUUAAGGUAAGGCAAGAAUAUUUUAAAGGAACGUAUUCAUUUCCCAAAAAGGUGAGGGUUUGCCAUGUAGUUCAGCAGUUCAUUCCAAAUUCCUAUAAGAAAGCCCUUCUGCCAUAUGCAAAAUAGCCACAUAUAUAUAUAAUGUAUGAGAGCAUCUCCUCUACCUUGAAAGUUUCUCUAACAACAAGAUACUUUUGCCAGAGGAGCACCAGAUUAUAAGAAUUCCAUGGUCUUAAGCAUGUUGAUAGAAACAGUUGAAAUCUUUGUAGAUAAGCUUAAAAGCAGUUCCCAUAAUUAAAUGUGUACUAGGCAACUAAGACCCAAUCACUAUUGUGCUAUUUAUACAUAGACCAAAUGUUGACCUUAUUACCACAUUAACUUACUAGCUAAAUCUUUGCUCUCCAGUAAUACAGGUUCCAAUUGCUAGGUAUAUUUAUUUACUUGCAGUUUGAGUUCAGCUGAUAGUCUCAAGUGUUGUGCAUAAGAUUUCUAACCAGUAAGAAUAAUACAGUAUUUAAGAAUUUGCAUCAAGAUUGUUGCAUUUAUCUGGUGCCUGUUUUCUUUUACCUUACAAGAAACAUUUUAACAUAAUAUGCCUCAGCAUGUUUAUUUAUAGAUCAAUCAUCUCAGAAAGUGUCCCCCCCCCCCCGAUCUAGCAAGAAUAAUUUAAGAGAACAUACUCUUUUUUAAAAAGAGUGAUAAUGAUUGCCAUGUGGUUCAGCACAUCACCCCAAAAGCUGGUAGCAAAGACCUCUCCACCUUGAUGGACAGGCAGUCCUCAGUUUUGGCACCUGUACUAGAGGUUUAGACUGAAUAUCCAAGGUCUCAUCCUUCCCUCCUUCCCUCAGAUUUUCCUAGCUUGAUCCAUUGGUUCCAUGCACACCACACAGAGUUCAUCUUCACAGAUGCAAAAGUUUGGGUUUAAUAUUUCAAUUGUAAGAGUCUGAUAGGCCAUUCUCAUUUUAAUGUAGACUCAGCUGAACUGCUACUGCAUGAUAGUGAACUAGUAUCCUAGACAUACAGAUAUAGGUGCGUCUGGAACGUGUUCGGCAGUCUUAAAGUUAACCUGGUAAGAGAAAUGGAUCUUGCUUUCUCCAGGUGACAGUGAAAUUUUUAUUGCUAAAAUAUACUGUGCCAGUAUUAUAACUGACCUUCUCCAACACUAUCGAAGUCUUAGAUUUAAUAAUUUUAACCUUUCUAAAAGUGACAACAUUCAGGGAAAUUUAUGCUUUGGUGUUACUGUUGAAUGUUCACAUUUUAAAUUACAAGGCAGGUGAAUACCUGUGGCUUAUCUGUUGAUGUUUAAAGUUAGGAAACUGAUGAAUCAAUCUUAGAAAUGGGCCUAUCAUUUUCACAGUAUUCUCUCGAGAGUCUUGAGGGUUUAAGUCAGGCUUAAAAAUUUCUGCUUUUAAAUCAAGUACUGUGUUCAGCUUCAAAUUUCCCUUUAGCCAUUGUGGAAAGCAAAAUUUUAAACUGUCUUAUCUCCUGUUAGAAUUUUUUAAAGCACCCACAAGGUUAGACCAUCUUUCUUGUGAGAAAGAGUAGCACAAUGAAAAAAAAAUUAGUAUUUUAAAUUAGACUGUUUGGGUGAAUUAUGUUUCAUAUUUACUAGUUUUUCCUCCUGCUCAUUUUGAGUUGCCUUAAAUUCUGUGGUAUAUCUUAAAAUAGGUACUCAUUAAAAUGGUUCAUAGUUGAAUGUCUAAGCUAGCAGUGUAUCUUUUAGAAGUUUUAGUCACAGAUUGAUGGUACACCUUGUAUUUAGCGGAUUUGUUUGCAUGUUGAUAAAAUUUCUCUUUUUUCUUAAAUCCAAUAAUUGAUCCUAUAAAAUAGUUAUAAUGCAGCAUCAUGAAAAAGCUGGUUUGUGUUUCAACUGGUGUUAAGUGUUCCCAACAAAAUCUUACGUCAUGUAGUAUUUAUUUUUUAAUUGAACUUCAGUGAUACUUGGUAGAUAUUUCAAGCCUUUUUGUUUUUUUACACAAUGGUGCUCUAUUCUAUUUGUUUUGAAAGCAUCUGAACACUUGGAUUCACGUAUUCUUAUCCAAAGGCAUCCACACAGAAGUGGGUUUUUAAAGCUGAUUAAAAUGUUUUUCUUCACCUACAGUGGUUUCUACAAACUUCUAGCCAAUUGACUUUGAAUGUCAGUAACAUGACUAUGGGCAAGGUGAACGUAGUAGAUUAAAGCUCUUACAAAAAGCUUUAAACCAAACUAUGGACUUGUACCAUGACUUAAUAGUAUUCUUGGAUCUUUCUUGCACAAUGAUUCAUUAUUUGUACAGUAGCUCUGUGAAAUGUUGCUGUGAACUGAUACUGUAAUCAAUAAAGUGCUUUUAACCAGA